AUGAGCGCCCAGGGGUGGACACCCGGCAAUACUCUCGGAGCUCGAAAUGCGGCUCACGCCGACUUUCUCACCGCGGCCAGCUCAACGCACAUCAAGGUUUCCAUCAAAGACGAUACGCUGGGCCUGGGCGCUCGUGUUGGGCGGGACCCGUUGGGGGAACCCACGGGACUGGACGCUUUCAAGGGGUUGCUCGGUCGGCUGAAUGGCAAGUCCGAAGUGGUGUUGAAGCAGGAGCAGAGGAAGCGGGACGAUGUCAAACUGGCUCGAUAUGCCGCCAUGAAAUUCCCCGAGGUCCGCUUCGUGAGCGCAGGCUUAUUGACCCAAGAGAAGCCCGAGGAGCUUCCGGCCAAGGACGAUACCCCGAAGAAGUCAAACGAGUCGGUCAAACAACAAUCGAAUGGUGAUACUCCAUCCGAUGACGCCAAGGCCGCUCGCAAGUCCUCCAAGUCCAAGAAAUCCCGUUCUUCCCGCGUCGACGAGCCCGAUAGCUCGGCCUCGGCCUCGACGUCGGAGUCGAAGAAGGAGAAGAAAAAGGAGAAGAAGGAUAAGAAAGAAAAGAAAUCCAAAAAGAGGAGGGCCGCAGCUGAGGAAGGUGAUCCCUCAAGCGAGGAGGAUACACCUCAGCCAAGCGUCGAGACCAUCGUGCAGCCCAGCAAGGCCUCAGACCCGUCGAGUGCGCGGGAGCGUAGGCCAAAUGGAAGACAGUUUUUGCGAGGCCGACAUAUCGCGCAGAAGAAGAGAGCACUAUUGGAUGAUAAAUCCCUUAACGAGGUUCGUGCUGUGCCAUCCUUUUCCCUACCAUCCCGUACUAAUCCGCAGCAGAUCUUCAUGGUGAAAGCAUAA